AUGAAAGUAGCAAUUGAAGGCUGCUGCCAUGGAUGUUUGGAUAACAUUUACAAAAGCAUCGAGAAUAAGGAGGUAGAAUUACUUAUCAUAUGUGGUGACUUUCAAAGUGUUAGAAAUGAUGCAGACUUGCAAUCAAUGUCUGUUCCUGAAAAGUAUAAAAUGAUGGGAGACUUUCAAGAUUACUAUAUGGGGAAAAAAAAAGCCCCGGUAUUUACAAUUUUUAUUGGAGGUAAUCAUGAAUCUUCAAGUUACCUGGAAGAGUUGAAAUAUGGAGGAUUUGUUGCUCCUAGAAUUUACUACAUGGGGAGAUCUUCAGUUGUGUGGUAUAAGGGGUUAAGGAUAGGAGGAUUAUCAGGCGUCUACCAUAAAAAUAAUUUUAUGAAGUUAAGUCAGGAAAAGUACAGUUUCCCAUUAAAUCCUUCUUCUCUGCGAUCUAUUUACCAUUAUAGGAAAGAUGAUUAUUUUAAACUGAAGCUACUAGGGGAAGCAAACAAUAUGAUAAUGCUAACGCACGAUUGGCCGGAGGGAAUAUAUAACUACGGUGAUGUCCGUCAAUUGUUGAAGCUGAAACCAUUUUUCAAGCAAGAUAUUCAGAAGCGUGAUCUUGGCUCUCCUUUUACCAUGAGCUUGCUUAGUACACUAAGACCAAACUACUGGUUCAGUGCCCAUUUACAUACAAAAUUUUCAGCAUUUGUAGACUGGAAUGUUGGUACUGCCGUGCCAAAGAAACGACGCGAUGUAGAUUUGGAAACAAAAGCUGAUAUUGCUAAGCGAGUCAAGUUUGAUGAUGUGAAACCAAGUUGUGAAACUGAUUUAAAGACAAGUUCAAAUCCAACCGUAGAAGUCAGGUCAACAAAAACGGAGAAACUUUCGAAUAAAAUGGAUGAUGGUGAGAUCCUUUUGGACAUGGAUGAUGAAGAAGAAAACCAAAUAAAUGAAGAUGAGAUUAUAUUGGAAGUGAAGGAUGAUUAUACAGAGAAGAAGAAGGAGAAAAGACAAGAACCUAAAUUGUUGAAACCAACGCACUUUCUUGCUCUUGACAAGUGCCUGCCUAGACGAAAAUACAUGGAAGUGAUAGACAUUCCAUUGAGUGAUAUUAAUCACGCUUCAAAUAAAGAUGAAAUGAAACCUUUCUACUAUGAUACUGAAUAUAUUUCGUCGUUUAAAGUAAUAGAAAGCUGCAAGGAGAAGCUGAAUAUGUUAACAGUAGAGGAAAUAUUAUAUCCACCUUUAAAUCUUUAUGAGGAGUUGAUAUAUGCAAAAAAAAAUUACUUAAGAUCAUUUGAAUUGAUGAGCAACGAAGAGUACGACCGAAUGUUUAAUAUAGGCAUGAAUUCAUUUGUACAAACGGCUAAACCGAAUGAAAAGCAUUAUAAAGAGUAUAGAAAUCCUCAAACAGAGAAAUUUAAAAUAAACUUUUUGCCCCAUGAUUCAACUUAA